GCUGCGCGCUUCACAUUGUCAGGUCAAUAAACGUGUUGAAAGCCGCGCGGUGAGUCAGUAUAAACUUGACCUUUCACCGAACUGCUGCUGGUGGGCUUUUGCAUUAACGCUGACCGUGACACACUGAAGAUUGAUAUUAUGGCUAAGUACGAAGAGAUUCAAGUCCAUGGUUACGAAGAAUUUUGCAAAGCUGUCUCUGAAAGAAGAGGAAAAGACAUCUUUGCUUACUUCAGUGGCGAUAAAGAUGACCAAGGCAAAAGUUGGUGUCCAGAUUGUGUAAAAGCCGAGCCGGUGGUGCGAGGACAGCUGGCACAUCUCCCCGCGGGCUCCGUCUUCUUAUACUGCCUCGUGGGCGCCAGGCCGUACUGGAAAGACCCUAAUAAUGAGUUUAAGAAGACUCUAAAACUCACCGGAGUUCCUACUCUGCUACGAUACGGCACACCUCAGAAACUGGUGGAGGAGGAGUGUUUCAAAGCUGACCUGGUUCGAAUGAUGUUCACAGAAGACUAGUGACUCAGAUGUGUGUAGUGGUGUUUAUGCAUACCGUAAAUUGCUUCUCAAAUUUGUUUACGUGCUUUUCUGUGAAAUUUUAUUCUUAUAUGUUCAUCUUAACUGCGUAAUGUUAACUGUGGGUUGCAUUGUGAAAUUAAAAUUAUGCAUUUAUGUGUACAUAAAAUGGACAAAUGCAGAAUGUUAAAUACAGACUCUGACCCUGAUCUAUACUAGCAUUCAUUAUUUUAAUAAAUGUAAUCUACGCAAA